GUUCUACAAUGUCCUUUUUUUAGAUGCGGUGACCAGAAUUGUACACAGUACUUCAGGUGUGGCCGCACCAAUUCCAUUAAACUGGUGUUAAAAGUGGCUCACAACACACAAACCUAACAAUAUUUAAGGGGGUGGAGGUGGCAUAGAAAACCAUAAUAAAAUAUAUAGCAGCAAAGAAUAAGAAUUAUGCAGACCAUAAAUCCAUCAGAAGAAAGUUUUGGCUUGGUGUCUGAAAUACGAUGAGUGCAUUUCUCCAGAUUAUUUAAACAGACUUUGGCUUGACGAGAUCUAAAGACUUUGAUUUGUUAAAGCUACCUUUUUCAACACGAAGUUCUUAAUAUAGUAACUAGACAUCCUAAACUGCAGGGGGAGACUUUAAGAAAAUGCGUUCCGUUUUGAGAGGCGGGAUCAAUAUGUUAAGGAAAAGAUUUAUUUUCUUUUUACAUAUGAUAUAUCGUCCCAAACUCACGUCUCCAGACGAUUUACACAAUAAAUGUGUACAAGAUCGAUUCGCUAUGAAAAAUGCGAGAACUAUAGGUCGCACAGCAUCCGCCAGAUUAAAAAGCACGGCACGAAGAAACCCAGCGAGCGAUGCAUUUUAUACCAAUGGACGUUUCCCUUCAGCAACCAACGAUAACCAAUUAGGUGGGUGACAAUGAAAAAGCAGGAAGCAACAAGUUAACAUACAAAUGAAAAGAUGUUGCAUGCGAAACAGCAGGUUCUGCAAGGGGAUCUUGGGAGUUGUAGUCCAUAAAUGUAGGGUAAAACAAAGACACGGCAGGCGGAAACUACAAUCCCAGAAGCCUUUGGGCAAAUCUGGAAAAGGCAACAACUUCCUGGCGGGGGCACAGCUUGGGAAAUCGCAGUGUUAACAGGAGGGCGAAGGUUCGGUAUUUGCAAAUUUAAGGCAUCGUGCGUGGGAAGUGGAGGGCCUUUUCCCUGACUAGCCAUGGGUUGCCGUGAUGUCCACGCUGCAACAGUCCUGGCCUUCCUUUCUGGAACAGCUGCCUUAUCGGGACUCAUUGCCGCUGCCCUGCUUCCUAACUGGAGACAAAUGCGACUCUAUACCUUUAACAAGAAUGAAAAGAAUGUGACCGUUUACACUGGGCUGUGGAUCAAAUGUGUCCGCUUUGAUGGCAGCAAAGACUGUGUGAUUUAUGAUACUGAGUGGUAUACGGCAGUUGAUCAGCUGGAUUUGCGCAUUCUCCAAAUUGCUCUCCCCGUGAGCAUGCUCACUACUGUCUUGGCUCUUCUCCUCUGCUUGAUUGGCAUGUGUAACACCGCCUUCAUUUCCUCCGUGCCAAACAUCAAGCAGGCCAGAUGUCUCAUAAACAGUGCAGGCUGCCAUCUUGUGGCUGGCCUCUUCUUUCUCCUUGCAUGUGUCAUUUGCUUGACGCCGUCUGUCUGGGUCAUCUUCCAUAACCAGGAAAUGAACAGAAAAUACGAGCCGGUUUUCACCUUUGACAUCUCUGUGUACAUUGCCAUUGCCAGUGCGGGUGGCUUACUGUUCACAGCCAUUCUCUUGUUCCUGUGGUAUUGUGCGUGCAAAACCCUGCCUUCCCCUUUUUGGCAGCCUCUAUAUUCACAUGCGCCCAGUGUGCGUAGCUAUGCUUCCCAACCAUAUUCCGCACGAUCCCGUCAUUCUGCCAUUGAAAUUGACAUCCCUGUUGUGACUCAUGCUUCUUAAGGAAUAGGUUGGGAAAGCCAAGUGCCAGUUUGCUCGCUCACAAGGCACUGCAGGUCAGAUGAUUUUCCACUCCCUUGGAGAGGUCUAAAAAUAAUUUACAAAAGGUGUGUGCAAAGAAUUGCCAUUGUAAUCGGACAGCUUGUACAGCUCUCUUAUCUAGGUUUACUACAGAGAGGAAUGUAGUGGGUGAGCAAGCCAGACUAUUAGAUGUCUUACAUAUUUUUGUCUUGAAGCUAUUAACAAGUUAUAAAGACCCAUCAAAACCGGUGGGGAUUAUAACUGAAAAGACUGGGACCUUUUUGCUUUGUAUGUUUUCUUGGCCUGCUUAUUCUUUGAAUUGUACUGCUGAAUAACAUGUCUGCUGAUCUUUCAUAGCUCAAGAAACACUUAAUACUUACCAGUCCAUCUUUUUUGCCUACUUUAAAAUGCAGGGAUUAUAGUAAUAUUUAAAUAAUAGCCAUUGUGUGUUUUUGAGAACGAUGAAUUCCUCAGUCAUGUUGCCUUUUCUUGUACAUAAACAAUCCCACAAACAAAAAGCUACACUCAAGUAAUACUGUUAUUAGGUCCAGAAAGACACACAAUCUUGUGUAGUAGGCUUUUGAGUUCUCCAGAGUUCUCUAUCGUGCUGGAUGGUAAGCAAAACAAAAAGACUAGCAUGUUUCUCAAAUCAAUCUCCAACUUUACUACUGUAAAGGCUACUAUAUUUUGUUUACUUGAUUAAGGCUUUGGGGUUCCUUCCAAUGGUCCAAAACUACUACAACUACAAAUAUUUAUAUACCACCUUUCAAGAAAGUGCUCAAAGCAGUUUAUAUAGUAGGGGAAAUGCAAGAUGCUUCCCUAUUCCAACAGGGCUCACAGUCUAAGGAGGAACACAAGGUAGACUCCAGCAACAGCCACUUUAGGGAUACUUUGCUGGACUGAAUAGGGACAGUUGUUUUAUAAAGAAAAUCACCACUUUAAAAAGUAUUUCUUUGCUCAGAAGAGUUAGAAACAAGUAAAAUACUAUCCCUUAAGAUGGUCAAACACAAUAAACUUAUUUUUUUCAAGUUAAGAGAGGGGGAUACAAACCUACCUAUGAUUUCUUAAGUUCUCAAGCAGUUUCAUUAUCUCUGUGUUACUGGAGGAGAAACUGAUAGAACUAAUGUUAAACUUCUGCAUUUUAUCUGCAAAGCAGUUGUUGACAUACAAUUUCAUUUCUAUUCCAAUUGUAGUUUUUCAUUGUGCAUAUACAAAAAGUAUCUGCUUGUGAGCAUUAUGAAAUUACUGUUGGUGGGCCUUGAUUUCAGUGAACAAUGAAUAGACAUUUAGAACAAGCAAAACACUAAUUUACUUUUUGGUUUCAUAGCAAUAACAACCUGAAUCAAUGGAGCUUUUUUUUUUUUUUUUAGAACACAUUUUUAGAUGCUGCAUUUUCCUCUACUUAAACAUAGGAAGUGAUGACAAAAAUUGAAAUCAAAUUACAGUGCAACUCAAAUAAUCCAGCUAUCCUCAUGGGGGGUUAUACAAAGUAUUGCAAUAACGUACCUAUUUAAUAGGGACAUGUCGGCAGGCAUGCAAUAAUCAGUAGUUCUGAUUAGUGGAAUGGUUUAUAUAGUCUUAUUUCUAUUGGGUUUCAUGGGAUAAACCUCUGAUAACUUGAAUUUUGGGUUAACCAGGAUAACCUUUUGCUAUACCUUACAAUCAGAAUUAUUUUAGACACUUGUAAGUGGGAACAGAUGAAAGCUGUUUAUCAUUCCUAUUUAAAGCUAUAAACAUGGACGCUGCUUACCAUCUACUCCAAAUUCUAGAUUGUGACUGAAUCAGGAUUAUUUUUGUAUGAGAUAUUAAAAAUUUAUUUGCUGUACUGUACUACAGAUUGGCUCUUUCAGAACCAAGUAUAACUUUGUGGUAACUUUAGAAUAUUUUUAUAUAAAUAUUAUUGAAGAUGAAAUUAUUAUAAAGGCAGUGUUUGGGAGUGGUUUUGUUUUGUUUUGUUUUUUGCAAAAACAGGAGUACUGUAGCUAGCAUGCUGCCUGUGGAGUUUUUACAUCUCCAAUUUCAUUCUUCUUUCUUUUUCAUCAGAAGUUUUUGUUUGCUUUUUGAGACAAAUUGAUGGUAUUACCUUCUGAGUAGGGAGAAACCAUUCAUAUGUGUGAACUCCCAGUGUGUAGCAUGCAGAAUGAUUUCUCUUGAACAAGAAUGGAUUUCUCAAAAGGUUCUGUACAUACACUGGAAUUUGAACUUGUUUCAACUAAUGCAAACCUUGGCCUUCUAAAUUUAUUGGAAUUAUAUAUACUUUAGUAAAGCAAGUGCUUAGUCUAGCAUUGGAUCAAAACAAAGUACUCAUCAGACAAAGCACUUUACAUUACGUCACAGAAUUUGAUGGCAGAUUUAUAAACAUCUAAUUUUACAUCUUUCUGUCCUGAAGAUUCCCCCUUUUCUUUCUUUCAGAGAACGAAGCUGCAGAAAGCUCUAGAGUAAAGCUGAAAAUAGUUCAGGGUCUUGUCUACAUUUUAUUUCCCUAAGGCCAAUUCCCUUGAAACAUUCCAUGUUGAUGUUUGAAAUUCUGGGUCUGCCAAUCUGAGCCACUGGGGGUCUUGUUUGGAUUCUGUGUGAUCCUCGGAAACCUUGAAGUGUUCAACGUUUUUUCACGAACUCUGGAAAGUGUGACGAGGGUUUUGUAUGUGCGCUAUGUAAAAGGUGCUUAAUAUAACAUAAUUAUAUAUGUAACAUAACUCAUGUUACAGAUGUCUAGGUAGGCAGGCCUUAACUUGUAUGUGCAGCUACUGACAAAAGUGCAGUUCUGAUGGUGCUAGAAUAUGGAGUUCUGGGUGUCCCUUUCCUGCCGUUUCCAGAAUGGCCAGUGACAAUGACCAGAGAUAUAUAACACAUUUAACAGAACUGCUUUUCUCUUUUGCCCCACUACAAAUAACACUAUAGCCCUAUUCAGAUAUUUAUGUUGUAAUUGUAAUUGGAUGUCUGUACACUUGUACAUGGUUUUUGCGUGAAUGACUGUACACUUUAAAACUGAACCUGGCUUCAAGUCCCUUCAAAUACAGGAUACAUAUAAGAAGUGUACUGUUGUGUCUGCGUUCAGCAUAACAUAUGAAAAACUGUGCCAGUGAAUAGAACUGUACCUGAAGAUACUGUACACAGUUUGUACAGUUUGAACACAAUGUGUGAACAGGAACCCCUCUGCUGCAAUCACUUUAGCCCUAAUCAGACAUUAUAUUGUACCUUGGUUCAGAAGUCUGUAUACUUGUACAUCUUUUUGUGUGAAUGACUGUUCCUUUGUCCACUUUAAAACCGAACCUAGGUCCAGGCCCCUUAACAUGCAGGAUACUGAUAGGAAGUAUACUGCUGUGUUUGUGUUCAACGUAACAUGCAAAUAACUGUACUUGGGUACAGAUCUGUACCUGUGUACACUACACAGAUAAAUGUUGACCAUAAUGUGUGAAUAGGGUUUUUUGAGGUGUAGUGCAGCAGUGUUGCUCUUUAGGAUGGGAGCCCCACUGUACCUGGAGCAAUUUUAUUUGUAGCCAAUUUAUUUAAAUAUAUCUGAAUAUGAACUAUGGGAAGUGCUACCCAAAAGAUGGGUGCAGUUCCUGUUACUGGAGUGUGUGUGUGUGUGUGUGUGUGUGUGUGUGUGUGUGUGUGUGUUGAAGUCAUUUGCCACAGGGGUUUGUUCUACAUGCUUGUUUUCAAAAUGGGAACUUGUAUUUUUCAGCUCUGUAUUUGGGAUAACAUUGAUACAACAAACAGCAGGCCAUAUAAUUAGUCACUGCUGAUCAUUUUUGAGUGGAAGGUAUAUCCAAAAUAUAUACCUCUUAAACCUUUUGAUCUUGUUUUUACAUAUAAAAGUUAUUAGAUUUAAAUUUGAGUUUCAUUCUUGAAUUGUAUCUUAUUUAGCUUGUACAAAUGCAGCAAUUUUCUGUCGCAGAGUUGUCAAUGUGAAUUUCAGCAUUUGUUUCAGAUAAUAGUUUCUUCAUCUCUGUUUGCUUUUGCAUGGGGAAAAAUACUUUUGUUUCAGGUUUGCUUUCUAUAAAACUUCAAUUUUGGCUUUUAAUAACGUUUAGUUAUGGUAUAUAUUUAUGUAAAGUAUGUAUUUUUAAUUAAAAAUUGUCUUGUACAGUU